GGCUAGGAAGUGUAAGUUGGACCCUAAACCUAUUUAGUUAUAUAUAAAACGUGCCAAGGUCUCUUACGCAAAUCACGACACACGACCUCCCUCGUUUGGCCGUUCUUCCUUCGACUUUGUCUGCCCGUUCGUUCCACUAUGUCUGUUCUGUUCGCUGACCGGAAACAUCACCAAGCCUCACCGUCGAUCAUUGUCACCCUCUUCAUCCUCCCUCCGUUGUCACGCGUCAGUUGGUCCAAGCCAUGGGCUGCAUCGGCGGUUCUCCCUCUUCUGUCAAGCUUUAAUUUCUUCAAUUUUCAAGAUGAAAUGGUUGUUUGGGGUCGUUUUCCGCCACCUUCUCCAGCGACCCGCCGAUAUGCUUACCCAGCUUCAACGCUGAGCGUGUAGUGUGUUUUAUUUGCUACACGCAGGUUAAUAGAAAGAAUGAUGUGACAUGAUUCUAGAAGCAGACGGAGGUGAGAUUAUCGGAAUGGAUGUGAUGGUUUUGAAUUACAUAAAUAAAUUAUGUUUGUGAUUUUUGAUUUGUUAAGCUCCCGCAUUAUUGAAAACUUCGUACUGUUUAUGUUAUAAAAAUAUUAUUGUGAUAAAUAAUAGUGUUUGAAAUGUUUUAAAUUUUUACGAUUACCAUGUUAAUACUUUAGUUCGAAAGGAGUUGCAGACCUAGACAGAUUAGGGUGUUACAGUUUGAUUAUGCUUAUUUGAACUCUGUGUUAUCGGAUUAUCUGUGUGAAUCUGAUUGGCUAGUUGAUUCUGGUUGCACCUUUCAUAUGUCACCAUUUAAAAACCUUUUUUCAAACUAUCAAGAGAUUGAUAAUGGUAUUGUGUCCAUGGCUAAUGAAAAGAAAUGCAAAGUUUUUGGAAUUGGAGAUAUGUGUCUUAAAUUUGACUCUGGAUCUAUUGUGAUCUUAAAAAAUGUUAGACAUGUUCCUGAUUUGUCCUAUAAUUUGCUUUCUUGUGCAUCUCUUGAAAAUGAUGGUUUUGAGGGAAAAUGGGGAAAAGGUGUUAUGAAAAUCAUGAAGGGUUCAAUUAUUGUUUUCAAAGCUGAAAAGAAAAAUAAUUUGUAUGUGUGCAAAGCUGAACCUGUUUGUGAGCAUGCUAAUUCUGUGGUUGAUAAUUCUGUUCUAUGGCAUAAACGGUUGGGUCACAUGAGUAAUAAAGGACUUGAAAUAUUGCAUAAAAAUGGACACUUGGGUAGUGAUAAGCUUAUGCAUGUUCCUUUCUGUGAAUCUUGUGUGCUUGGAAAACAAACCCGCGUUAGUUUUCCUA